UUAAACAAGUGUUCUUAAGAAUAUCUACACUUGUCUAUUUAGUUUUGGAGUGGCAUUUUUCUUUAAGAUACUAUCCUCUAUAGAGUGAAAUUAGAGGAAUGGAAAAUAAGUUAUCAGGUUUAAGCCAUCUCUUUAUGACCAUAUUUCUGCAUGGCUUCUCGACGUUCAUGGUGGUUCCGGCCAUCACCGACGUUACAAUGUCGGCGCUUUGUCCCGGCAGAGACGAAUGCUCCUUAGCUAUUUACUUGACAGGUUUCCAACAAGCGAUCAUAGGGUUGGGGACAUUAGUUAUGAUGCCUAUGGUGGGGAAUUUGUCGGAUAAAUAUGGGAGAAAAGCGUUGCUUACUAUUCCUAUGGCUCUUACGGUAAUACCUUUAGCGACGUUGGCGUACAGCAGAACAAAGUACUUCUUCUAUGCAUACUAUGUGAUUAAGACUCUCACUGCUAUGGUUUGCGAAGGAAGUGUUCACUGCAUUGCCCUUGCCUAUGUGGCAGACAAUGUUCCAGAAGGAAAGCGAGCGUCAGCGUUCGGAAUUCUAUCAGGGAUCGGAUCAUCAGCUUUCGUUUGCGGAACACUCUCCACUCGCUUCCUCUCCACCGCCGCGACUUUCCAGGUUGCGGCGUCAAUGGCAAUCGUUGCAAUAGUGUAUAUGAAGAUUUUCCUUCAGGAUUCAAUUGUGGAUAAUACUUUUUUUACUCCAUUAAUAAAUGGAAAUGGAGACAGUAAAGUUGAUGUACAGAUUGAAAAUUCAAGUAAAGAUAUGCAGGUUUUUAAAACUAUGCCUUCCUUAGAGGACAUGCUUUGCUUGCUCAAGAGCAGUGUUACGUUCACGCAAGCUGCUGUGGUUGCAUUUUUCAACCAUCUUUCGGAAGUCGGUCUUCAUGCUUCACUGAUGUACUACUUAAAGGCACGGUUUCACUUCAAUAAGAAUCAGUUUGCUGACCUGAUGGUGAUUUCUGGGAUUGCUGGCACCAUUUCGCAGCUGCUUCUCAUGCCUUUGCUGGUUCCAACUUUGGGAGAGGGAACAUUGCUUUCAAUAGGGCUCUUUUUUACAUGUGUACAUAUAUUCCUGUAUAGCAUCGCAUGGUCUAUCUGGGUCCCUUAUGCUGCUGCCAUGCUCUCCAUUUUCUUUGUCUUUUCACAACCAUGUAUGAGGACCAUUGUAUCAAAGCAAGUUGGGGCCUGCGAACAGGGAAAGGCUCAAGGAUGUAUAUCAGGCUUAGGCUCCUUGUCCAAUUUGGUUUCACCCUUGAUUUUCUCUCCUUUAACAGCUUUGUUCCUGUCUGAAGGAGCACCAUUUCAUUUCCCUGGUUUCAGUAUUAUGUGUGUCGGAUUUGCAGCGAUGAUCGCCUUGAUUCAGAGUAUGAUGAUAAGAUUGGCCCCUCCCAUCUCCAAUGAAAAUGCUGUUAAUUGUAAUGUGGAUGCCUAAUCACGGUAUUUGCUUUCUGCCUUUGAUUUGAAGCUAGUAUUUAUUGAAAAGUGUAGUUUUCUAGGACAUAAAUUCACGAAUGGAAGAGGCAAAAUUGCUCAAUUCAAGAUUCAACUCCACAAGAUUGUAAUUGAUCCCGUAGUAUUGAGUUAAGUAAAUUGGUGUAGCAUUUAGAAGUGGUGACUGUAGUCGAAUUUGUAUGAUAGAUUGAUAGGUGUGUAAAAGAAAUAGAAAUGCUCUGUUUUGUGUCGGGUAGUGCACUUUUUACCUGGUUUCUACCCUAUGUUACAAGUAUUAGAAGCAUUUUAUUUCUUUACAUUCUUUGUAAAAUGUUUAAUUCCUUUAUAAUUUGCUCGUUUUUAAAA